AUGGGGAUGAGUAACCUCGGCGACAGUCUGCAAUUCGAUUUUCAGGACUACAACAACCACCAGCAGGGCCACGGAUCGCAAUUGAUGCACCAGAAUGAUGGGGACCAGAUCGGUACGCGGAUGGAUGAAGGGCAUGGCGCAAUGGGGCACGAUAUCACGAUGCACGAGCAUAUGCCUUCGAUGUCCACGGCGGGGAGCCACCCCACCAUCCCGGGCCCGAUCGACGGGGAACCCUCGGGCGAGAGCAUCGUGGAGUUGGAUGCCCAGAUACAGUACUUGCAGCAGCGGAGGCAGCAACAGCAGCAGCAGCAGAUGCAGGAACAGCAGCGGAAUUACUAUGCCCAGAACCGAAUGAUCCCGCCCACUCCCAACAGCAUGGAACUGCACGGCUCCAACUCCCAAUUCUACCCGCAGUCGGAUCCCCAGCACCAAGCUAUGUAUGAGAGGUAUCGGAUGCAAGCAAAGGAUCAGGAGAUGGCCUUCACCCCGCUCGUAUCGCCUGCUGUGACUCCUCUCGAUGCACACUUCAACAUCCCCGAAUAUACAGUUCCAGGCGCGUACUUUAGUCCUUUGAGCUCCCCGGCCCUACAUGCGCAGAAUGAACAGGCUUCGGCGUAUGACCAGCGACAUUCCGGAUCGACGAACUCGCCAAUCGACCUCAACCUCGACAGCCACUCUGCGCCCGGAAGCUCUGUGAUUCUCUCGAGGAAGCCCAGCAGGAAGGCAUUGCAGCAGAAGCCCCGCAGUACUCGCUCAGUGCGGCAAUCCCCAAUUAGCAAACCACGCAAGGGGGGAAAGAAGAGUUCCGGUUCCGCCAUCCCUAGCCAAGCUCUCGGUGAUAUUCUGGAACCCUCAAAUGCUCAGGUUGCCAAUUCAAAAGCGACCAGUUCAUCCCACUCGACAGCCAGCACAGAAGAGUCGGAGAAUGGCUCAAUAUCUCCUGAACACCUGUCAGAUAUGGCGCCGCCACCGGUUCCGCUGCCGGGAUCCGCGGGGAGAUCGCCCUAUAUCCAGGCACAGAAGAAUGCCAGAGCGGAACGCUUGGCUCUUGGAUCGCCAGCUACCCCAGCUUCACUUAUGAGACUCACGCAAUCACCGGCUUCCAACCAGCCGGUAACAACCGAAGAUAUGGAUAUAGACGACCGGGCAAUAGAAGGAUUCAGAUUACCCGAAGCUGCGAAUGCUACCAGACCCCCGACCUCCCGGAUGGAGUCACAGUCGGAUGGCCAGGUCACUCCCACCUUGAGCGCAGCAGGUGCCAAAACCCCCGGGCUCCAACCCUUACCUCCCCCUGCCUUCGCUCGGCCCAGAAUGUCGAUAUCGGCGAGCCAAAGCCCCCAGAUCGACCCGAUGAAUGGAGCAAAUGGGUCGUCCCGCAAGACGCCCCAACUCGCUCCUCGCGGCUCCAAGAAGCGAUCCGGCAGCUCGGUGCUCGCAUCGCCCGCACUCCUACCCAGGAUAUCACCGAGUAUAAAACCACUGCUUCCCGGGGGUGGAUCUGUGUCUGAGGAUACAGCCUCCCUUCUCCUAGCGUCAAAAUCAAAUUAUCAGAAUAUUCUUGAGGGUACACAUCUUCCUGGAGUCUCAUAUCCCACGGAGCUCUCGACAAACCUCACAUCAAAACGCACAUCCCACAAGAUUGCAGAGCAGGGUCGGAGGAAUCGCAUCAAUUCCGCGCUGCAGGAGAUCGCUACCCUACUACCGCGCGCCUCGAGCAAGGACAGUGGUGGUGAGAAGAGCGGCAGCGGUGACGGCGGCGAGGCUCACGAAGGCGGGACCACGAAAGAAACCCCCCAGAGCGCAAACAGCAAGGCGAGUACCGUGGAGCACGCCAUCGAGUACAUCAAGCAACUAAAGAAAGAUCUCGCCGAGGCGAACAAGAGGGCCGAGGAAGCUGAAAAGCAGCUGGCGGCCAAAACCAGCGCCAGCACCAGCACCAGCACCAGUACCAGCACCUAG